UAAGGUCCUUCCUUUUAUUUCUUUCCUUUUCCUCACUAACUAACAAGCCAAAUAGAAUUUCUGCGGAAAAGGCUUUGAGAGGAAAAAUGGAAUCUAGGAACAGUUUCAGAUGGAGAAAGCAAGCUCUCAAACCGAUUGAAACGAGUAGAUCAGGAAGCAAAAGAGAAGAAGAAGAGAAUAAGAAUGGCCAAAGAUCAGCUGAAGAAGAGCCAUUGAGCCCAGCAUCUCGUCUGUAUCACGAACCAAACUUCAACGUCUAUGUUAUAGCCAUCAUGGGGUGCAAGACUAGAAUUUACCCGGAUGUUGUCAAAGCCAACUUGGGCGAUACUUUGCUUAAACACCCUCGUUUCUCAAGUUUGCAGGUGGAGGACGAUAAAAACAAGGAAGAAAUGAAAUGGGUUCCAACAGAAGUGGAUUUGGAAAGGCAUGUAAUUGUUCCAGAGCUGGACCAAAACAUGGACUCACCAGACAAGUUCCUUGAAGAUUAUAUCUACAACCUGAGCAAAACCACCAUUGACAAAUCACAACCUCUCUGGGACCUCCAUCUGCUUAACUUAAGAACCUCAGAAUCCGAGGCAGUUGGCAUUUUCAGGAUCCACCACUCCCUUGGCGAUGGCACUUCUCUGUUGUCUCUUCUACUCGCUUGCACUCGCCAAAUGAAUGAUCCUCUGGCUUUGCCUACCAUUCCAAUCAGGAAGAAGAAAGAGAAGAAGCAUGAUAAUAAAUGGUUUUGGAGAAUUAUGUUCAAGUUUCUGCUUGCUUUUCAGGUGUUUUGGAAUACUGUGGUUGAUGUUUUCAUGUUUCUUGCUACGGCAUUGUUCUUGAAAGAUACUCAGAAUCCUCUCAAGGGUCUGCCAGGAAGUGAGUCUACUCCUCGACGAAUUGUUUACAGGACAGUUAGCUUGGAUGACCUGAAGUUGGUGAAAAAUGCAAUGAACACUACCAUAAACGAUGUUGCUUUCGGGAUGACACAAGCUGGUUUGUCCCGCUAUAUCAACAGAAUAUGCGGCGGAAAUAAGAAAGAAGGGGAAACAAUAGAAAUGGAUAAUCUUCCAAAGAAAAUUCGCCUCCGAUCAACUCUGCUCGUCAAUAUAAGACCAGCUCCAGGAAUCCAGGCUUUAGCAGAUAUGAUGGAGAAGGAUGCUGAAGUAAAGUGGGGCAACUGGAUUGGUUAUGUUCUCCUUCCCUUCAACAUUGCAAUACGGGAUGAUCCAUUAGAUUAUGUUCGUAAUGCCAAGGCCAUAAUUGACAGAAAGAAACGCUCCCUUGAAGCUAUAUCCACUUUCUCGAUUGCUGAUUUAGCUCUCAAGCUUUUUGGCCUCAAGGCGGCUAGUGCUCUGUCCCACAAAGUUGUAUCUCGCACAACAAUGUGCUUCUCGAAUAUGGUUGGACCUUUGGAGGAAAUUGGUUUUUAUGGUCAUCCCAUGGCUUUCCUUGCUCCAAGUUCUUAUGGUCAACCUUAUGCGUUAAUGAUCAACUUCCAAAGUUAUAUCGACAAGAUGACCAUUGUUCUAUCGGUGGAUGAAGGAACUAUACCGAACCCUCACCAGUUAUGCGAUGACAUCGUGGAAUCACUCGGGCUUAUCAAGGAUGCAGUACUGACUAGGGGGCUUGCCUAAAAAUGAGAAAUACCACGCCCAUUCUCAUUGUCUACUCUUCACAAAGUACGCUUCUUCACCGUCUAUGAGCCUCAGACAUUAUUGAUAAAUAAUUGUUGGAAUUAAACCAAAUUUAAUGUUUGUGUUGUUGCUAUUUAUCUUAUUUACUACAAUUACUAUUUUAUUAAAAGUUAUGUUAUUGGUGAGUUUUUUAAAUUUUUAUUAU